GUGUGUGAGAGCAGUGACACUCUGGGAAGGGUUAACUCACAGUCAGGCUAUCUGUGCUCGGGGCCCCAAGACUGGCCCGGGAACGGGAGGGGUGAGCUCGGAAGGUGGAGCUGGCUUGGCUCACAAGAGCUGCCUUUUCCAAGACAGGAGUGCAGAUGCUCGCCCAGCUGGACCGAGCGUGGUGAGCGCACGUCGCCUUCAGGAAUGGCUGGAAAAGCCCGCACCUGGAGACCCCUCCCUCCCUGUCCCUCCACGGCAGGUCGCAUUUGGUCUCUCGGGUCAUCAGAGGAAUGAGCAAUUCCCCGGCUCGCGGCACUUGGAGAACAGCAGGCAAGGAUGGAUGUGGUCGACAGCCUUCUCGUGAAUGGGAGCAACAUCACCCCUCCCUGUGAGCUGGGAAUCGAAAAUGAGACGCUCUUCUGCUUGGAUCAGCCCCAUUCUUCCCAAGAGUGGCAGCUGGCUGUGCAGAUCCUCCUGUAUUCCUUGAUAUUCCUGCUCAGCGUGCUGGGAAACACCCUGGUCAUCACGGUGCUGAUUCGGAACAAGAGGAUGAGAACUGUCACCAACAUCUUUCUGCUCUCCCUGGCCGUCAGCGACCUCAUGCUCUGCCUCUUCUGCAUGCCGUUCAACCUCAUCCCCAACCUGCUCAAGGAUUUCAUCUUCGGGAGUGCUGUUUGCAAGACUACCACCUACUUCAUGGGCACUUCGGUGAGUGUCUCCACCUUUAAUCUGGUGGCCAUAUCUCUGGAAAGAUAUGGUGCAAUCUGCAAACCCUUACAGUCCCGGGUCUGGCAGACAAAAUCCCAUGCUUUGAAGGUGAUCGCCACUACCUGGUGCCUCUCCUUUACCAUCAUGACUCCGUACCCAAUUUAUAGCAACCUGGUGCCUUUUACCAAAAAUAACAACCAGACCGCAAACAUGUGCCGCUUCCUACUGCCGAAUGAUAUGAUGCAGCAGUCCUGGCACACGUUCCUGUUACUCAUCCUGUUUCUUAUUCCUGGAAUCGUGAUGAUGGUGGCCUAUGGAUUAAUCUCUCUGGAACUUUACCAAGGAAUAAAAUUUGAUGCUAUCCAGAAGAAGUCUGCUAGGGAAAGGAAACCGAGCAGCAGCAGCGGCGGCAGGUACGAGGACAGUGACGGAUGUUACCUGCAGAAGCCCAGGCCCCGCACCCGGCUGGAGCUGCAGCAGCUGUCCAGCAGCGGGGGCGGCAGCAGAGUCAACCGCGUCAGGAGCAGCAGCUCGGCGGCCAACCUAAUGGCCAAGAAGCGGGUGAUUCGCAUGCUCAUGGUCAUCGUGGUCCUCUUCUUCUUGUGCUGGAUGCCCAUCUUCAGCGCCAACGCCUGGCGGGCCUAUGACACGGCCUCAGCCGAGCGCCGCCUCUCCGGGACCCCCAUUUCCUUCAUCCUCCUGCUGUCCUACACCUCGUCCUGCGUCAACCCCAUCAUCUACUGCUUCAUGAACAAACGGUUCCGCCUCGGCUUCAUGGCCACCUUCCCCUGCUGCCCCAACCCCGGUCCCCCAGGGGUGAGAGGGGAGGUGGGGGAGGAGGAGGAAGGCAGGACCACGGGGGCCUCCCUGUCCAGGGGAAGUCUACGGAGGCUGGGGCCCGCACUCGGUUUCUGGGCGACUGGAGGCAGGAAAUGCUCAGUGACAUUCACCAUCAGAAAAACCUCAACAGGCCAGUAACAGGAGUCCAGCAAGGCUCGUGUUACAAACGCAACUGCCAAACACACGUUCAAAAUGGUGAUGCGGACCUUACUUAAGCUCUAGAAGUUUCCAGAACAUCCAAGGUGAGCGAGCUCUCACUCCCCAUAGGGACACACUUCUAUGCUCUGCCUCAUCUGCCCACGCAGGACUGUGGAGGCUGCUGUCCUCCCCCCGGAGAGUCUACGGCUCACAUACCGUACCCAACCGUCUCACCACCAUCACAAAAGGUAACAUGAAACAGAGACUCUUCUGGCCAACAGCCUGGCUCUUUCUUUUUGAGGUUGGUGAAGGACAUUCAGAGACACAACCUUACGCCAUCACUGUCAUCAAAACAGCAAACGGAUUGUUGUCUAAAAGAUGGAAUUUGGAAUUUAUGUCUCUAAAAAAGAAAAGGGGUGUGUGGCAAAUAGCUGGAUGGAGUGCUAUCCUCCCAUAGUGAAUAUUUAAGAGCCAGAAGGUACAUAGACAUUUUUUUUGCUACUUUAAUGGCCUGUAUUAUAUUGAACCCCGUGGCUUCUUUGCCUCAACUUGAUUUCCCAUAUUCAUCUGGCAUUUCCUCCUUUCCAGAAAGACUCCAGGUACAAAGGUGAGUUGUAACCGAUGUGUUCCUGUCCAAGGGAGGAAACAGAAACAUGUAUAGUCAGUCCCAGAAUAAACACUGGCAUGCUUGGACUCCAUUCUCAAAUAGCUUUGAGUGUCAAAGCUGUCUGUGCCAUCAAAUACAAUCUGUGCAUUUGUUAAUAAUUGUAUUCAUUUUAUGUAUAAGUAUAAAGCAAACAUAUAAGUAUGCUCUUCACAUAGAAGUAUAUUCUUUGGUGUUUAAAAUAAGAAAAAACGAGUAGGAAUGGAUGUUGGAAUUCAGUAAUUAUUAUCAUUCUACAUUCCUGCACAACAGCUGGUUUCAUGUGAACUUUUCUGUGCAAAAUUAGGAUUGAAACCUCUCUCCUCUAAUUUAGAAAUCUCAAUUAAAAUGAGACAUGAGCUAUAAAUUUAGAUCGCGGUAAGUGCAUUUCUAGAAUAGAACCUAUCAAUCUAGUCCGCAAGCACUUCUUUCUUGUUCUUUUUUUCUUUUUCAGGGUAACAUUGUCUUGACUGUUUCAAUAUAUUGACACAGACAUUUUUGACAGAAACAACUGUACAUAUCAGUGUAGGAAUGAAAAAGGAAGAAGGAAGGAAGAAGGGAAGGAAAGAAAGAAGGAAGGAAGGAAGGAAGGAAGGAAGGAAGGAAGGAAAGAAGGAAGAAGGGAAAGAAGGAAGGAAGAAGGGAAAGAAAAGAGGAAAGAAAGAGAAAAAGGAAGGGAGGGAGGAAGGAAGAAGGGAAGGAAGGAAAGAAGGAAGAAGGGAAAGAAGGAAGGAAGGAAGAAGGGAAAGAAGAAAAAGAAAGAAGGAAAGAAAGAAAGAAAGAAAGAAAGAAAGAAAGAAAGAAAGAAAGAAAAAGGAAGGGAGGGAGGGAGGGAGGAAGAAGGGAAGGAAGGAAGGAAGAAAGGAAGGAAAGAAGGAAGGAAAGAAGGAAGGAAGGAAGGAAGGAAGGAAGGAAGGAAGGAAGGAAGGUUGAGGACAUAACUAUUUAUGAUGGGGGACUUUUCAAGCCAGAUGUUAGUUUUUCUAUUUCUGAGACUGCAACGUAAUGUUAAUAUUUAUAACCAGUCAUCUCAAAUAUUUCAAGGUAAAAAUUCAACCGAUUAAAGCACGUCCUGCUACAUGAUAAAAGAAGUAAGAAAUGAAAUUGUCUCCAUCAUUUAAGUCAAUUCUACAAAAUCUACAGUUUUGCUGCCAGAGGGAUAAGCCUUCCCCUCUGACUAUGUGAGCAUGUAAAUAAAGAUAAAUCAGCCUCCCUCCCUUUUGAAGGAACUUCUGGAAGUUCCAAAAGUGUAUUAACCUUAAAAUAGGGCUGCCAGAUUUAGCAAAUAAAAAUACAGGAUGUCCAGUUAAAUUCUAAUUUCAAAUAAACAACGAAUAAUUUUUUUUAGCAUGAGCAUGCCCCAUGCACUAACAUACAUCCUGUAUUUUAUCUGGCAACCCUGCUUUAAAAUAAUUUAAAAAGUACAUAAAAAUAUAAAUAAACUUUCCCAGAUAUAGGACAGU